AAGAGAAGCAUUUUUCUGUGUUGACCAUAACCUGAUGCCUUAACUACUGUAUUUAUUUCUUGAAGUAAUUUAAUAAAUGCACUGAAAGUUGUAUUAGAAACAAUUUAGAAGUUUAAAAAAUUAAAAAUGAUUAAGCAAAUUUUGAUAGAUCUAAGUGGAACAUUGCACAUCGAGAAUCAAGCCAUCCCUGGAGCUGUAGAGGCCCUAAAAAGAUUGGCACAGCAAAAUCUCAAAAUCAAGUUUGUCACAAACACCACCAAAGAAAGCAAAAGAAUUUUGCAUGAUCGACUAACAAAUCUGGGCUUCACAGUGAACAAAAAUGACAUUCUCAGUUCACUAGGGGCGUGCAGAAAUUUGAUAGAGAAAAACAACCUGAAGCCAAUGCUUAUGAUUGCGCCAGAUGCUCUAGAAGACUUUGAAGGACUUGCUUGUCCCAGAAAUGAAACACCCAAUGCGGUGGUCAUUGGUUUGGCUCCAACUGAAUUCAACUAUGCAAGACUUAAUGAGGCGUUUAGAUAUUUACAAAAUGGGGCUCAAUUAAUCGCCAUUCAUGCAGGCAAAUAUUACAAAUCAAGUGAUGGAAUGUCGUUAGGACCUGGAUGUUUUGUAAAGGGUUUAGAAUAUUCCGCACAAUGUUCAGCUACUUUGGUUGGAAAACCGAAUAAACUAUUCUUCCAAUCACCUCUUGAUGAGGAUGUGAAGCCUGCGGAAGCAAUUAUGAUCGGAGAUGAUGUUACCGAUGAUGUGAAAGGGGCAAUGGAUGCUGGAUUGCGAGGCUAUUUAGUUAAAACGGGCAAAUACAGGGAAGGCGAUGAAAGCAAAAUAUCUCCGGCCCCAACGGCAGUGUUUUCCAGCUUUGUUGAAGCCGCUGAUAAAAUCAUAGAACAACUAACUCAGAAAACGGUUUAUUGCACAUAAAUUAUCAUAUAAAAAUAGUGUAUAUAGAAUACUUAUGUUAGUAUUGUUUCAAUUACUGUUAUAAUAAACGUAUUUUAUUUUAGAUAGAGAGCACAAAUAUAAAAAUAUGUAUCAAAGAUAUCAACAAACAACAUUAUACAUAAUGUAUAGGUACUUUCAACAGGUAUAUAAAUAAAUACUGCAGUUAUAAUACUUUGU